AUGUCGUACUCAUCUCAGCGCCGAGCAGAGAAGAGAGUACGUAGGUGUCAUCUUGGCAUUGAAGUCGCUGGAGCUUACAAGCAACUUACAAUUUUCCAAUGAACUUCGGUAUCAGAGCUCAAACAAGAAAUAGUUCGAUUAUUCGGAGUUCCUGCACAACAGCAGCGUUUGUUUCAUGGGCACAUUGAGCUGUCAAAUUCAAGACUUUUGGAAGAUUAUCAUAUUUUUGACGAGCAGCACAACAAUCGAGUCAUCGUUGUCGAGUUCAAACAAUUCGCUGGGUCAUUCAUCAGGAAAUGCCCAGGCCUGAUCGUCACUAAUUCCUUAUCUCAGCUCAUCGAAGACGUAAACAGAGGCUUAGCACUUGGCUUGGCUCCAAAUCUGACUAUGGACGGAACUGGUGGGACUUAUUUUUUACGAAAUACAUAUAGGGAUAUUCGCGCUAUUUUUAAACCUUUAGACGAAGAAGCUUUUGCCCCAAAUAACCCUCGUGGACACUCAGGGAAGAUGGGAAAUCCAGGAUUUCGAACUGGCGUCCUCUCUGGAGAAGGCGGAUAUAGAGAGGUAGCUGCGUAUCUUUUGGAUUUUGAAGGCUUUUCAGGGGUCCCUGCAACUACACUUGUUGAAGCUCAACAUGACAGUUUUUGCUACACCCCAAAUAGCCAUCAUUUUCCUAAAAAAGGCUCCUUGCAGGAGUUUAUCAAAAGUAAAGGCUGCGUCGAAGAUUUUUCGCACUCUAUGUUUUCUAAAGAAGAAGUCCAAAAAAUCGCAAUUUUAGAUAUAAGGAUCCUGAAUAUGGACAGAAAUGAGGCAAACAUUUUAUUCUUUUAAAACAAAAUGUGGAUAUUUUAUUAUUAAAAACAAUAGUUUUUGGUUUCAUAUGAAAAAGGAUGGUAAAAGACAAUGAUUAUCAUUUAAUUCCUAUAGACCACGGCCUUUCCAUUCCUGACACUUUAGAUAUUUCUGAAUACGACCUCUGCUGGAUGUCAUGGAUGCAGGCUAAAAACCCGAUCACUCCUAAAUGUAUGGAUUACAUACAAAGUAUUGACCCUUUCUACGAUAUCAGCAUGCUCAAAGAUACUAUGCCCUUCAGAGACAUUUGUUUAAGAAACAUGAGGAUUUCUUCUACUUUGCUUAAAAAAGGUGCACAUGCAGGGCUGUCUCUCUACAACAUCGGCUCCAUGCUAUAUCGCAAUGGAUACGACGACACUCCUUCUAUUAUAGAAAAAGUCUUAGAAAAAGCUUUCCAAGUCUAUAAGACAAUGAACAACUCAUUAUCAAGCCGUCUCUUUUUAGAGCACACCUUAUCCCCUAGAACUACCCCACGGAAACUUCCAGGACGCCAACGUGCGUUUUCCUCAUGUGAAUGCCUUUUAGAGUCCUCCCAGCUCUCUCCUACUUCCCAAUACUCCCCCCAAAAUACUGAGACUGAUGCCUCGGAUACUCAAUAUGACGUCGUCUUAACGAUUUCUGAGAUGUCUUCAUCAGAAGAAGAAGACAGUGAUGAAGACCUUAACCUUUCUUUUAAAGAUUCAAACGGUAGAAGCCUUUCUUUGCCUUUUAUCACGAAAAUCAAGCCGAAGAAGACUGAAGAAAAGCCUAAAGAAAUAGAGUCAGAAGCUUUCAACCAAAAACUGUUCUAUUAUAUUGAAGCAUUUAUGGACCAAGCGAUCCAAAAGAAGAUUAAGGAAAUUAGACAGUGUGAGACUCCUGAAGGAAGACAUCGAUCAAGCAGUUAUGCGGUUGAAUAA